AUGGUGCCAUACUUACGAAAAAUUGAAUUUAUUCCGUUUCUACCCGAACCUACUUAUUGUAUCCAAAAAAAUGUGGCAAAACAAUUGAUCGAAUCACGACCAAAUCAUCUCACACACCAACAACUCUGCUUAGAUGUGUUUGUCAGGCUAAAACCAACUACGAUCAGCGAUGACACACCAUCGCAAGGUAUUCUAUUCGGGGUACGCGAAGAAGGUCUAGAUCGCGGUUUGGUUAUACAAGUCAAGGGGUUUAUCCCAUAUAUAUCUAGUUCAAGUGACUUGGUCAGCACGAUCGCCAAGUAUAUGAAUUGGAAUGGUCAAACAGUGCUAGGCUGGUUCGCAUCACCUGCUGCGGAUGUCUUUCUAUAUUGUGAUCCCGCGAGCAUAGCCUCGGCCUAUUUUAGUUCGGUGCAAAAAGCCAUGCUUAAAGUAAUUGCCGCGAAUUACGCAAGGCAACAUCCAGAAUCAUGUGCAAUCUUUCAAGACCUAAUUGGAAUAGUCAUCGGUGGGCCUACCGUGUCGGCCAAUAUUAAUUCUGUCAAUCCUUUACCAUCAUCGUCGUCAACAUCUCUGCCAUCGUCAAAUGACAAUUUUUGUACGAUAGCACAAGCAUUUGUCUCUACACCGACAUUGAAUCAAGUAUUGAAUAGAUUUCAAACUCUGACAGAUGAGAUAAAAGGAGAUAUCUCGAUAAUAAACCACGAAAUUGUCACGGAAAAUACUACGCCCGUAAUCGACGGGCUUUCUUUACUUGCGGCAGCGGUAAGUAGCACCACUACUGGUGACAAUAAUUCCAAUAAACAAAAAAAGAAAUCGAAUGUGUUUGAUGAAGAAAGUGUUCACCAACUGGGAGAUUUAAAUUCCGUGUGGCGAUAUGACCAGGCUACUACUUCCGAAAUCUUAAAUAAGCCGAGGUACAGGAGAGCUAGCACUAAUGAUAUUGCUGAUUCAAGAAAUCUACGGACGAGAUAUAAUAAAUCUGAUUCGCAAAAUGGUAUCGGAAAGAAAAGAAAAGAUGUUGAAGGAUCAACCAGUGACAGCACAAUAUUAGACACACCUUCUGAACAACGUAUAAAUCUUGCUUUAAAUGCGAUCACUUAUCAUCUGAAGACGCACACCCAAGAAAAGAUUGAUCUAUAUGAAAAAUCCUGUAGAGAGUAUGAAAUGUUAUUGGAUAUUCUAGAAGGACUUGGUAAUCCUGAGGGUGAUGAUGUAUUAGUUAAGAGAUUGGAACUCACACUGAAUAAUGGGCAAAGGUCAAGAAAAGCCUCAGUGAUACCAUGGGAUCAUAUUCCAAAACAGGAUACGAUAACACCGUUAUCAGAAGGAGAUGGAGGGGGUUCAUGUUGUGAAGGAGAACGAAUAAAAGAAGAAAAAUUAAUAAAUGAAAGUCAAGAGAUUGCCUCCAUUAACACAAAGGACAUUAUCAUGGAUUUAACCGUGCAAAGAAAGAAAAAUGAAGAAAUUUCCGAACCCGAACUAGUAUUAAUGAAUAGGAAUUGUCACGUUAACACCAAUAAUAAUCUGGAAGUUAUUAAUGAUGAUGAGGGGGAGGCUGAUAAGGAGGUCAAAAUUGAAGAGGAUAAAGUUACCGAUGAAAGUAAUUCAAUCGCUCCAAAAGAAGAUAAUAAUCCAAAUGGUAAUUGCGUUGGCGCCGAGGCAUCGUUAUCGUCAACGGAGGAUGGUGAAAUUGAAGACGAUGAAGCUGGUAAUAAUGCAACGACCAAGCCUCCAUUGGAAAUUGCUCCUUCAAUAGACUGCAAAUCAACGUCAAACUUUUCUUUGGCAAGUACAAGGAAAGGAAAUACUAAUUCUUCUUUAUUCUCUUCAAAUGGGAACACCACAAACUUUUUAUCAUCUCAUCUCAAUAACACGGAUUAUGAAUCGCGUCAACUCGAAAAAUCCAACCCCCCAAAUCGAAGUCCCGGAUGGGCUUGGGAUGACGAAGAAAUAGGAUGA